CCAAAACCCAAAUCACUUCAUUUCACAAGUUUCAAUCCUUUUUUGAUUUCAUUCAUGGGCUGCUCUUCUUCAAGACCUCUCACCCUUCUCACCAAAAACCCAGAACAACAACCUUCACUACCCUCCUCUUCCACUGCUCUUACUUCUUCAACCCCAAACUCUUCAUCUGCCUCAAACUCUUCCAAUUCCUCACCACCAUUACCACCACCAGCCUCAUUUCCCAGAGCUCUCUCCGUCUCAGCCCCUCUUGUUCAUCACCCACCUCUCAGAAAAGGCGACACUCACCACCUUGUUUCUCUCACCUCCACUACCUAUGGCUCCCUCCGCAUUGACCCCACAUCCCCCAAGACCCUCAAUCUGAACGGUCAGGAUUCUCCUGAUCAAUCCUACCCCCCCAAACGCUCCUCAUCUUCCCCUGACUCUGUCAUCAACACUUGGGAACUCAUGGAUGGCCUCAAUGAAUCUGAUUUCCAUUCUCAUUUCUCUGAAGAACAGCCCAUUUCCUCCAUUUUUGACCACACAAUUGGGUUUUCCAACAAAGCCAGUUCUUGCAGGUACUCAGGCUUUGAUGGUUCUGUGAAGAAACCGUUUGAUUCUUUCAAAUCAGUGAGAUCUUCAGUAAUAAAGGCGGAGGACUCAAUGCCUACCUCAUCCUCUUCCUCGUCUUCUUCGAAGCCUCUGUGGAAGCAUUUAUCGGAGGAGUCUUUGUUGUCGAACCGAUAUUUAAUUAUGUAA